GGAAGAUACACAGAUAUUACGCUAGACGAUACACCGGAUACUUCCCCGUUGGUGGCAAGUUGGCGUAAGGAGAACGUUCCUGUGGGGCCCACUAUUGUAUGCAUACUGUAUUGCCGGGGAAUAAGUCCCAGCUUCCCCCUUUUGGCAGGAACGUAGAUAGACUGUAUGCCUUCAGUUCAACUGUUGAUGCAAAUAGUCCUGGCCUUGAUCCCUGGUACUCGCAGUACCUUAUGGCACUCAUCCACCUCAGUCGUGCCCAACCCACUUUCACGAGCACAAAUGGCUCGUACCUCUUCCGUCUUGUCCCGCUACCUUUUGAGAACACAGUCAUCGAAAUAACGAUCAACGCGAUCGUCAACAUGGGUUUACUGUUAUUGCCUACUGACUGAGGGCCAGAAAAGCCUGUUUCGACGUCUAAUGACCUAUGGAGUACAUCUCCAGCGGUUUCAGGUUUUACGGGGAUGCACAGACACUACAACACCUCCCCCUUGAUUAUGGAGCCUCGAAUAUCCUCAUCUCAGUAA